AUGAAGGUUUCCACUACUCUCGCUGCUGGUGCCCUCGCCCUCGGCGUUGAGGCCAAGAACUACCUCGGUUUCAACUCCGGUGCCACCCUCGCCAACCGUGCCGCCAAGUUCAAGUCCGACUUCCAGGCUGAGUUCGAGACUGCUCAGAACCUGAAGACCGCCCCCGGCGACUUCAGCGCCGUCCGACUCUACACCAACAUCCAGGCCUACUCCGAGGAUGACCCCAUUGAGGCCUUCGAGGCUGCCAUCGACACCAAGACCGAGAUCCUCCUCGGUGUCUGGACUUCCGGCACUGACAACAUCGACAAGGAGAUCAGCGCUCUCAAGAAGGCCGUCGACAAGUACGGCUCCAAGCUGACCGACCUCGUCAUCGGUGUCUCCGUUGGUAGCGAGGAUCUCUACCGUAACUCCGUUACUGGCGUGAAGAACAAGGGUGGUGUCGGUGUUCAGCCCGAUGUCCUCGUUGACUUCAUCAACGACUUCAAGAAGGCUUUCAAGGGUACCCCCAUUGGCGAGAUCCCUGUCGGCCACGUCGACACCUGGGACGUCUGGGGCAACGCUACCAACAAGGCCGUCCUCGACGCCAUCGAUUUCAUCGGUGUGGAUGAGUACCCCUACUAUGAGAACGACAAGGGCAACAGCAUCGACAACGCUGCCAAGCUCUUCAACAAGGCGUACGAGGCCACCAUCGCCGCCUCCAAUGGCAAGCCUGUCUGGGUCACUGAGACUGGCUGGCCCUAUAAGGGUCCCGACUGGGAUGAGGCCGUUCCUAGUGUGAAGAACGCCCAGAAGUACUGGCGCGACGUUGGCUGCAAAUACCUCUUCAACAAGACCCCCACUUUCUGGUACACUCUCCGCGACUCCAACCCCGACAACAAGAUGAAGUUCGCCAUCACUGAUAACCUCUCCACCACUCCUCUGUUCGAUCUCUCUUGCGACAAGGUUGACGAUGAAGAGACCACCAGCUCUGCCGUCCACUCCAAGACCAAGACUGAGUCCGGUGCUUCCACGGCCACUCACGCUUCUAACUCCACCGCUACCUUCACCACCUCUACUGCCUCUGCUACUAGCGGCUCCGGUGAUGAUGAGGAAACUACUGGCACUGCCACCGCUACUGGCUCUGGCUCUAAGCCUACCUCUGGAUCCGGUUCCAGCUCUGGUUCUGGUUCUGAGGGUUCUGGAUCCAGCUCUGGCUCCGGUUCUGAGUCUGGCUCCGGCUCCAGCUCCGGCUCCGAGUCUGGCUCUGCCCCUGCUGAGACUCCCAGCACCAUCACCAACGGUGCUGCUUCUCUCGGCGUCUCCACUGCCGCCCUUGCCUUCCUUGCCCUGUUCGCUCUGUAA